AACAAUAACAGGAUGCAGGGAUGCAGGAUGGGAAAAGGCUGACUCCCAGCUGGGGAACCUUGGAGACUGGAAAGCUGAACACUCCCAGUAUUGCUUAAUGAAAUGAAAACUGAUUUUUUGUUAUUGUUCUUCACUCUGGGUAGUGCUGUGUAGAUUUCUGGAUACUGUUGAUUUACUUUGCCUAACUUGGGAUAAAACUGAAGCUUCACCGACUCAUGUCAAUCAGCAGGUCUGUGUGUGUUUUGCCUGUCCUGGGAUAAGAAAGCAAAUAUCCUUCUUGCUGUCAGACUUUGUGACCAUAAAGCCUGUUUGUUAGACUUUCACCAGGAAAUGUUGUCUAAUGAUUAGAUCAAGGGACUAGGAGACCAGAACCUGUGGUUCUAUGGCUAGUUCUGAUACUGAUCCAUUGUGGGAACGCUGCCAAGUCAUUGAACCUGUUGCAAAAGAAGAUGAAAACGCUUAUUCUCCUUUUCUCCCUGAUCUUGGCUCCAGCCUCCACUUACACAGAAGAUUUCAAGACAAAACUAAAUCUUUCACCAAACAAUAACAGUCAUAAACGAUUUAAGAGAGAAUGGAUCUGGAAUCAAAUGCACAUCAUGGAAGAGAUUAAUUCACCAUUACCACAUCACGUUGGAAAGAUCACAUCAAGUGCAAGAAAUAAGAAUGCUAUGUAUGUUCUUGAGGGGGAAUAUGCCAACAGCAUCUUUAAAGUCCGUGAAGACACUGGAGAUGUGUAUGCAUUUGAGAGGCUGGACCGAGAAAAGAAAUCAGAGUAUGAGCUGACAGCUCUCUUUAUUGACAGAACCACCAACAAAUCACUGGAGCCACCAUCCAGAUUUAUCAUCAAAGUCUAUGAUGUUAAUGAUAAUGUUCCUGUGUUUGUACAAAAAGCAUUCAAUGGUUCUGUCCCAGAAAUGUCACCAGUAGGAACUUCAGUCACCAAAGUGACAGCAGUGGAUGCUGAUGACCCAACAGUUGCAGGUCAUGCCACAGUCAUAUACCAAGUUAUUCAAGGAGAGCGCUAUUUCACGGUUGAUGAAUCUGGAGUGAUUUCUACAGCCACAGCUGAUUUAGACAGAGAGACUCAGUCUACAUACGAAAUUGUUGUUAAAGCAAAAGAUUCUCCAGGGCUUCACGGUGGGGAUUCAAGCACUGCUACAGUAAUCAUUACUUUGUCUGACAUCAAUGACAACUUCCCAACAUUUAAACAGCAAUCGUUCCACUUUAAAGUCCCUGAAAACGUUCGAGUAGGAAGUGAAGUUGGCAGAUUAAAAGUAGAAGACAUUGAUGAGCCACAAAACAGAAACACGAAGUAUAAUUUUGUCAGAGGACACUAUAGAGAUACCUUUGAAAUUAUACCAAAUGCAUUCACCAACGAAGGAAUAAUUAAGCCAAAGAAGCCAUUGGACUAUGAAAAAAUAAAAGAGUACAAGUUUGACAUUGAAGCAACUGAUCCAACGGUUAAUAUGCGUUUCUUCAAGCCUGGUGGGCCAAAGAGCAUUGCAGCCGUUACCAUUGAAGUUCUUGAUGUUGACGAGCCUCCCAUCUUCUCUCAACCAUCCUAUGUUUAUAAAGUAAAAGAAAACUACCUCCCAAAAAACCCACUUGGUACAGUUUUGGCAGUAGAUCCUGAUGCAGCAAAACGGAAAAUUAGAUAUACCCUCCGAAGAUCCAGCCCUAGUGGGGACUAUGUCAAAGUAUCCAAUAGUGGAAAUAUCUUCAUCUCAAAGCCUCUGGACAGAGAAGCCAGUGCCUGGCAUAAUCUAACCGUGGCAGCUCAAGAAAUCAUGGCAGACAAUAGACUGUCUGACAUAGAAUCACAUACACAAGUUUAUAUCCAGGUUCUUGAUCAAAAUGACAAUGCUCCAGAAUUUGCUUAUCCUUAUGAGCCCAAAGUGUGUGAAAAUGCUGCACCGGGAAAGGUAAUAAUCAGGAUUUCAGCUACUGAUAAGGAUGAAAUGUUGCCUGGCAUUAUCUUCAAAUAUUCCCUGACCACAGAAGAUAGCAACUUCACAUUGGUUGACAAUCACGAUAACACAGCUAAUGUCACUGUCAAAUAUGGACAGUUUAACCGUGAGCUGGCAAAAAUCCACUACCUACCUGUCAUCAUCUCAGACAAUGGCACACCUGAACUAAGCAGCACAAACACACUUUCCAUCAGUGUCUGCAAGUGUGAUGAGAAAGGAGAAUUCACUUUUUGCGAAGAAGCAGCUAAGCAAGUUGGAGUUAGCAUUCAGGCGCUGGUGGCAAUUUUUAUCUGCAUCCUCACAAUCCUUGUAAUCACAUUGUUAAUCAUUCUGAGAAAGAGGCACAAGAAAGAGCUGACUGUACUAAGGAAGAAUGUGGCAGAGAUUCACGAGCAGCUUGUCACCUAUGAUGAAGAAGGUGGUGGUGAAAUGGACACUACCAGCUACGAUGUGUCUGUGCUCAACUCUGUCCGCAAGAAUGGCAUGAACCUGGAUACUGGGCCCUGCCUGUAUGCACAGGUCCAGAAGCCAACAGGAAAUGGAAAUUCUGGCACUGGGGAAAUGGCAAUUAUGAUUGAGGUGAAGAAGGAUGAAGCUGACAAUGAUGGGGAUUUGCUGCCAUAUGACACUCUUCACAUUUAUGGCUAUGAAGGUGCCGAGUCCAUUGCAGAAUCUCUUAGCUCUUUGGAGUCAGGAUCCUCAGAUUCAGAUAUUGACUAUGACUUUCUAAAUGACUGGGGUCCAAGAUUUAAAAUGUUAGCUGAGCUUUAUGGAUUGGAGCCAAAUGAAUACUUUGUGUAUUAAGUUCAAAUCAACUGUAUUUAGUUUCCCCCCUCCCCCCCCGAGACAGAUAGGAAAGCCAAGAUGCAACUAGUAUGCAAAAGGAGGAUCAACAGAUCUUUACACAAGCAGUGCAGGAUGUAACUAUGAUUCUAGACACCAAAAACCUCAACGCAUUUUGGGUUAAAAAAUUACAACGAAAUCCAUUUUUUUUUAAAAAUUAGUGACAUUGUUCUUGUCCCAUUCCCGCAGCAUGGACAGCUCAGCUAGCGCAGCGGCUCCUCCACUGACACUAGUUCUCUAUGACCCACAGGUAGGCUCCACAAAGCAUGUCUUUUGCCUCAUUACUGCCCAGCACCUGUGAAAGUUUUCCAUAUAUAUGCUGAUGCCUACAGCAGCAUGACCCCGAUUUCUUCCCCAUUCCAUGUGGUCACACCCCCUUUUAUCAAUGCAAAAUUAAGAACGGAGGAGUCUAGCAGCUCUGGGAAGGAACAUAUAAUGGAGGCACCUGUAGCCACUUCCCCCUCAAGUCUGCCUUGCCUCCUGUACCAUCUUGCAUGGAUAAUCUAUGCCUUUGCUUAUACAAUAAAGGGGAGGAUCAUCAUUUAAUAUUAAAGAUAAUUCCAUUAUGUUCCAAGAGAUUCAUGAUAUCUCCCUUCUUCCCAAUUCACUAGUUACCUUUCCACUCUAAAAAUGGCUACUGCAUGAAGAUAGUAGAACUCUUUGGGAUUUUUAAAAGACCACCAGAGUGGUUUUAAUUGGUCAUUUUUGAAAAGCUUGCCUGUGGGGAUUUCUGGCACAGUCCUGGAGUAUUAAAAUCUCUCUUUAUCCUCAGGAAAAAAAGCUUUUCCUUUCUUAACUAGGAUCUCGGUGCUAUUCAAUGACUAUACCCUGCUGAGCAGGAAACCUGCAGAUCAGGUGGAACGUUAAGGCUCCAGAACUGUAGGUCUCACUGGAUUGCAACAAUCAAAUCACACAUAUUACAGGCUAAGCAGGUGUUGGUUUUUCUAGGAGUUUUCUUUUUAAUAUAGUUGAAGGAAUUUAACUAUUUCAGGGGAAAAAAUUCAAGGGUCUCAUUACUGUGAAUUUUGUUUUUAAACAGGUACUGUAAAAUGGGUAUUUUCCACCUAGGAAAGUACUGGGGACAUCCAGACCAGACUAUUGUAUCUGUGUAUUCUAUUGUGUCUGAAAUACCAAGGCAUGAACAUAAGCAAGGUUUUGGGUGCCACCACCACUGCAUCCCUGAUCAUGCAAAGACACAUGCACAUACUUAACUUCAUACACAGCAGGGAGUCAUCCUGUUCAGCUGAAAGCCAGUGCACACAGUGCAUCAAGUCAAACAAACAUGUAUGUUUUUCAGGAUCUAGGCAAGUGAUGACAAUGGGCUGGCUCCUGCUCCCACUGAUGUAAGACUCCCAUUGAUUUUAAUGGGAGCAGGGUCCUGCCAAUAAGAUACCCAGUUUUGCAGGAUCAAUAGGAAUUAGUUUAUCUGAUCUCUUGAUUUAAGAUUGGAUUUUAUAUUAUAGUCGCUAAUCCAAAUACUAAAAAGUCUUCUCUUUUAAACCAGUGUAGCGGAAUUUCACAGAUUUGCAUUUCGCUAAGCCACCCAUAGCUGAUACACAAAACCCAGCAUCCUUUUUCAGCAAAAAGAUUUAAUAGCAAGGUAUUAAAUCUGCAGCGUGGUCUCAUUAUUAGUACUUCACUACUUUUUCAAAAUACACUAUACAACAUUUAGUAGGACACUAUCAUCAAUUAUUCAAAUUGUAGUACACUUUCCAUAUACGGGCCUGACCAAACCCAUUGAGAAUCUUCCCAUUGGUGGUUGGAUCAGGCCUUUUAUAAAUAAUGUACUUUUUUUUAAAUUUGUGUUUGUUCACUUAAUCAUUAGUUUGCAAAUCCAGUCCUUGAUGCACGAUUGUGUUAUAAAGAGUUCUUACUAAUACUUAUGUUUUAAGAUUUUCAUGUAUAAUAAGGUGUUGCUAUUCAACAGGAAAUGUUAGCUAUAAAAUUAUUCAGUGCCAUAGCUAAAGAGUCUUCUGUAAACAACAUCCAGAUAACAUUUCCUAUAAUCACUGUGGGGUUUUUUGCAGUCUGCAUUAUAACAUUAUUCUAAGGAACACUGUACUGAUCUCUACUAUACAUCAAAGGUGUUUGCACUGGAUAUUUUCUUUUAAUAUUGCUGUACUUGUUGUUUUUAACUUACAUAAAAGCCAAAUUCAAAUGUAGUGUUAUUUCUCUGUGAAUUAAUAAGCUGCAAGCA